AUGAGAGCAGCAGCAUUAGAGACCCUUUUUUCACUACAUAGCUCUGUUUUGCAUAUGGGCUUGACGGAUGUCAGCUUUGGCGUGUUUAUCAACAAGAAUAAUGAUGCUGCACUCUGUUUCAAAAUUGAGAAAGGCGUGGCUGUCAUUUGCGGUGAUCCUAUGUGUGAACCGAAGUUUUUUGACAGGACGCUCCAAGAAUUCCGCCACAGGUACAGACACAUCGCCCGGCACGUCGCAUUCUUAGGCGUUAGCGAAAGCUUUGCUUCCUAUGCAAAAAAGAUGAGUUGGGUAACGGUUCAAUUUGGGGUUGAGAGAAUCAUAAACCCCCUUUCCAACCCUCUCCUUGCCGGAAACGAAGGCAAGCGCAUUUAUAUACGAUCAAUGCAGCUUCUUCAUCCAGAAAAUGUUGGACUAAAACUCGAUAUCUAUGACCCAAGUCAUUCUCGGGACCCUCCACUGGAGGCGGCAAUGGCCCAUGCUUAUGAGAGCUGGCGGACUGCACGACAGGAUUCACAAAAGGUUCGGACUUUCCUGACCAUCUUUUCAAUUUCUUCAACGCCUAGUUGCAUGAUGUACCUCUACAUUAGAGGCUCGGAUGGAGCAUUGCACGGAUUUGCAGGAUUGCGAAAGCUUGGUGUGGAACGAGGUUAUCAUCUGGACCCUUGUAUUGAAACCCCUUGGGCAUCAAAAGGUACCUCAGAUCUGCUUAUUAUUGCAGCAAUGGCGCUCCUAAAAUACCUGGGUGUAUCGUAUUUGAGCUUGGGAUAUAAACCGUCUAAUAAUAUCGGGGAAAUUACGGGAAUGCCUAGAUUAAUGAUCUGGGCAACGAGAUCUUUGUAUCACCACCUGUUCCAAACCCUUUUUAUUGAUGGUAAGAUGAAAUUUCAAAACUGUUUUCGACCAGACGACAACCAAAAAUCCAGCCUUUGCCUGGUGUUUCCGACAAAGAAUCUCGGGCCGCAUCAGGUGGCUGCUAUAGCACAAUUGACACAUCUAGAUAUAGGGCACACUCUGGCCAAGCAUUUUACCGGUUUCAAACGGCCGCUACCAGUCGAGAUGCCUACAAAAAAGGUAGCUCGGGGAUGGAAGGAGAUAUUGAGAAUUUGA